AUGAGCUCCAGAGGAGACCGCUUCAACCCCGGGCCACAGGCCUUCGACCCCAACGAUGAGAACCUUUCGGAGGAUUCUUGGUCCGAAGAGGACAGCACUUUGGAUGAUGACUUCGCCUUUGUCGAGAAGGAAGCCCCCAGCAACAAUGAACGCGGGAAAACGUUUCCGGCUUACGAUUGUUUUCUGGAUACAGACUACGUGGAGGAAACGUACCUGCUACCGUGCGUGCCCUGCAACAGCGCGCUCUGCUCCCGGCCCUCCGAGUGCCGGAAUGAGGGAAAGCUGUUGCCCGCAGACUACACGCAUUACAUGUUCCCAGACUGGAAGAUUGUCGAAGACUACUGGAAAAUUUUUGAGUCGCGGUGCCUGAAGGGGAUCGUUUUCACGCAGACGUUGUGGAAGCAUCUCCAUUCUUCGAGCUGCCAGACAACAUUAUACCUGCCACUGUCUGACGUGAUAAGGGAAGCCAACCACGAUUGCAUCUUAUUUGCCAAUGAAUAUCAACAGCAUUGCUACAUCCCACAUAAAGAAUCAGAAGAGAAAUCAGGUGACAUUUCAUGGAGACUUAGACGCAGCCUCGAUAUUAAUGAGUACGACGCUAGGUGGAGCACUAGGAACAUCUACGCCGCAGCUGUAUGGUAUUAUCACCACUGCCAGAAAAAGAUGCCCAUCGUCAUGGUGACGCAUGAACACGCAGUUUUUGAAUAUGAGAACAAAGCAGAAGGCGUGCUAGUGAUGAACUUCAAGGAAUAUUUGGACAAAUUCUGGCCUGAUCUCAAGAUGGUCCACAAACUUUUUGAGUCCCUCCAUUCGAAAACCUUUAAAGAAUGGAUACAAAGACACGCGUAUCCGUGUUAUGAGUUCUUCCCACAUCUUCCAGAGGAAGUAUUGAAAGCCAGAGUCAAAUCUGGAAGAUACAUCCAGGGCUAUCUACAUGUAAACAAAUGCAAGUCGCAUGAAGCUUUUGUGCGCCACCAGGGACUUGACAACAAAGAUUUAGAUUUCGAUUCGGAUAUCAUCAUUCUGUGGAGUACAGCCCGGAACCGCGCAUUCCAUGGAGACAAGGUAGCGGUAGAGCUAUUUCCUAAGGAGAAGUGGAUAAUCAGGAGCAGUAGAAGAUGGAUAGUCAAAGAAAAAGAGCCCAUGCCAACAGGUUUUGUGGUGGGCAUUCUUGAGAAGAAGCGGCGCGACUUUGUAGCUACGGUCACGUCGUCGUGUAUAAAAUACGCCUCUCGAGACAGCACCGACGAAACCAAACUUGUCGCUCUACCGACUUGGGACUACAGGAUCCCAAAAGUUUUGGUAAUGGCCAAAGAAGUAAAACGCUAUAAGUCUCACAGGGUGUUGGUACACAUCGACAGCUGGCCCUCAAAGAGCAUCUAUGCAGAAGGACAUGUGGUGCGUGACCUCGGACAAGCCAGAGACCUGCAUGCAACCGUCAGAGUCAUCAUGGCAGAAAAUGACAUUUUCGAGCUACCUUCCUCGGAAGCUGAGAUGAGUGAGUUACCAGUCAGCUCUCCAGAACACCCCUGGCAGGUAAGCCCAACAGAGGAAAAAGAGAGGAGAGACCUACGAAGCCAACUGGUGUUCACCAUUGACUCGGAGGGCUGCGAGGACUUGGAGGAUGCCCUCUCCUUGCGCAUUCUGGACAAUGGCCACCUAGAACUCGGCAUCCAUACUGCUGACGUCAGCUACUUCGUGGUACCAAACUCCUGCCUGGAUAAUGAAGCCAGGAGAAGGGCCAACACUUUAUUUCUGCCCCAUAAGCGUUAUGACAUGAUCCCCGCUGCCCUCAGUACGGACUUAUGCUCCCUCCGAGAAGGCGCCGACAGAUAUGCUGUAAGCGUCAUAUGGGAGUUGGAGGGGACCUCUUAUGACAUCAAGAACGUGUGGUAUGGAAGAACCAUCAUCCGUUCGGCCUAUACCCUGACCUACGGAGUGGCCCAGGAUCUCCUGGACGAGAACUUGAGUGCCGCCGAGGCCAUCUUCGUCGACAAAGACCUAGACGAGAGAAGCAAAGAAACCAAGCUGAAGGAGUUAACAUGGGCUCUCCAAAAGCUGAGGGUCCUAGCUAACCACUUCAGGGACCAGCGAUCCAGCCAAGGGGCCCUGAAUUUGAAAUACUUGGACGUUGCCUUGAAACUAGACGAAAACAACAAAGUCGUCAACAUCAGCCCCGCGCUAAGGCUGGAUGCCCAUGACAUGGUGUACGAGUUGAUGCUCCUGGCCAAUCACUGGGUGGCCAAGAGGAUCUACAAGGAGUUUCCUCAUCAGUCUCUGCUGCGCCGUCAUCCUCCUCCUCCACAGAUUUUAUUUCAAGAUCUCUUGUCGUGCACCAAAGCACUGGGCUGUGACAUAGAUACGCGGUCCAACAAGACACUGAAGGACUCUCUUGAAAAGGUAAGGGGCCCCAACCACCCCUACUUCAAGACACUGCUGCAUCACCUCACUGGGCAAGCCAUGGGCAGUGCACUGUAUUUCUCCACCGGAUCCUGUUCAGAGCAGGAGUUCUAUCAUUACGGUCUCGCUUUAGAUAAAUACACCCAUUUUACAUCUCCGAUAAGAAGAUACGCAGAUAUUGUAGUACACCGGUUAUUGAUGGCAGCUCUUGCCAAGGAAAAGAAAACGGAAACGGAGGACAAUCUGUUAAGCAACGAAGAUCUCCAACAACUAUGUGAAUACCUGAAUGAAAAAAGACAAUCAGCCAAACGAUGCAAAAAGCAGACCACUGAACACAUCAUAUGCUCUAGGGAGUGUCUGUCCGGCAAAAUGAAGGCAAUCGUCUACGCAAUCCGCCCGGGCAGCGUGCUGGUGUUUCUCCCAAAGGUGGGAAUUACAGCUCCUGUGUAUCUACCAGCAAGAGACAUGGCAGAAUGUGACCCUGAAGAUGUUCUCAUUUGGAACAAUGACAAGAACCGUUUCCCACGCAAAAUCACCUAUGUCACCGUGUAUGACAAGCUGGCCAACUUGUAUCUGUUUGAUGAAGUCCAGAGCGAGUCACACAGAUCCGACUCCUGGGCUCACCCACCGGGAGACAGCGGCGGCUUCCGGACACUGGCCUCUGGCCAGCCCCUCGCCCCCAUUCACACGUCAUGGCCUGCAGGUGACCCCAAGAGGCGCAAUCUCAGCAGGCGCUUCUCUUAG